AUGGGAGCAAAUGAAGAACAGAUUGAAUCCUUCUCAUGGAUAAUCUGGUUUAUUUGGAAGGCUAGAAACAAAAAAGCCUUUAACGGUGAAGAAGUUUCGGCUCUCGAUACUGCCCAAUGGGCUUUGAGCGAGACCGAAUGUUGGAAGAUGGCACAAGUGGUGCAAUCUACCUUAGAUAGCGACGAGGAAACAGAACCAACGGCCGAAGCAGAAAGAGGAAACCGAUGGCCCAUAUGUAACACAGAUGCAUCCUGGGACAAGAAUGCUAAAUGUGCAGGUCUGAGUUUCGUUCCUAAGGAAUGA